UCUGUAAUUUUACUACCAAGCGCCAUAUUCUUUAGUCAUUAGUAACAAUAACAAAUUAACAACCCAACUCAUUAGGCAUUGUUUAUAUAUAGUCGAUUACAUCUUGAUUUACAUAUAAAAAAUAAAGUGAACCAGUAUAAAAACAGUGAAGAGUGAGCACAAAGAACAAAAAAAAAUGAGUAAGUUCAAAUUUUCGUCAAAAAAGGUUGAAAUUUACCAAAUUUUCUCUGGCCAAGUGUUUUACGCAGUUUAUAAAGAUGCAGAUUUUUUACGUCACAGCGAAAACAUAGAUGCUAUAUUGGUUAAAGGCUAUGAAUUGCGUGCAUCGUUAAAAGAUACCGCACCAGGCGAAGUAAUUAAAAUCGAUGGAAUGUUUCUUGAAAAAAACAAACCACUAUUAAUAAGAAAGACUGGACCUAAGGUGAUCAUUGAAAAUUAUGAAUUCACAUUGAACAGACUCAGUGGGUUGGUGGCAGCCUAUGCAUUUGAUAACCGAUCAAAAUUCCCGGCCCUUGCAUCUAGUGAAGCAAUCGCUUUAGGGCUUACAUGGUACAAUAAAAAUAAAAUAAAAUGUUGCCUGUUCUUAUCAUCUGUAUCUGGGUCCGAGCAUUUCUAUGAACAGUUUGGUUAUUACCCACUGUUGUGUGCUUUGAGAAAACUCCAUUUAAAGAAAAUAACUUUGGAGCCAGUUGUUAAAAUGGCAAAAAUAAAGAAUCCCCAGGGAGUACAAAUGGCUAAAGAAUUUAUGGAUAAUCUUUCUACUGUGAAAAAGCUUUGGCUUUAUUUUCCCGGUGCUACAGUUCAGGAUUUAAAUGAUUUCCUUCAAUCAGCACCAGCAAUUUUAAAACAAAUAUUCACAGUGAAUUGAACAAAUUCUUGAAUUUUUUUCUGAAUGUAUUAUUACUUGUGUAUUAUUACU